AUGCUUCUAGUAGAGAGUAUACGUAAGCAAAGGGUAAUUCGGGGAAUCUCUCAUAUUCCAGUAGAAGCACUAAGAAGAAUCAGAAUUAGAAUCGGUUCAAUUGGGGAAAACCCUCUUCUUCAAGGUCUCAACAGUGUAGGAGGAGGCCCUACUUCUGAAACAAACCCAUCAUUCUUACAUUCUUCUAAAGCGGCAGGGGGUAAUCGAAGACACCGUUCACGCCCAUUCUCAAGAUUAAUAUCGGAAAGUGCUGCUUCUCUUUCCUCCAUUUCAUCUGCCCUAAACAACGCAGAAAGAUUGAUUGAAGAUCUUGAAACAUACAUCAAUGAUCGACUUUUGAGAAGUACAAAUGUUUCACAGAUUCUACCAGAGAUGAAUACGAAUCCAAAUCUAAAUCCUACUGUCCCUGUUUCUUCUAGUUCUUCACAAAGAGCGAUUGCUACUACUAUUGUUCAUUUGGAUAAUCUAUCAACUAAUAGUGCUGUAGAGAUUGAUCUUACUAUAUCGCAUCCUUCUUCUUCUUCUGCUAGGAGAGCUGCUGUUUUAAGGGCGUUGAGUUUGGAAGGUGGAACUUCCGAUUAA